AUGGCCUCCUACGCCGCCAUCCAUUCCACUCCCUCCGAACACUCCUCCCGCCCGGCGAGCGAAGCCUCUCAAACCCGCCGUCGCCACCCCAAAUACACCGGCAUGGGCGGAAAUGCCUCCUGGCUGUCCUCCGUCAUCAACCUCCUCAACACCAUCGUCGGCGCCGGCGUCCUCGCCAUGCCCCACGCCUUAAGUAACAUGGGCAUCCUCCUCGGCACUCUAAUCAUCCUCUGGGCCGGCCUCACAGCGGGCUUCGGCCUGUACCUCCAAACGCGCUGCGCGCGUUACUUGGACAGAGGCAGUGCGAGUUUUUUCGCGCUCAGUCAGAUUACCUAUCCAAAUGCGGCGGUGGUGUUUGAUGCGGCGAUUGCGGUGAAAUGUUUUGGGGUGGGCGUGAGCUAUUUGAUUAUUAUUGGGGAUUUGAUGCCGGGGGUCGUGAGGGGGUUUGGGGAGGUGGGGGCGCAGGAGGGGUAUCUUUUGGAUAGGAGGUUUUGGGUUACGGCGUUCAUGCUCAUUGUGAUACCCUUGUCCUUUCUCCGCCGCCUGGACAGUCUGAAGUAUACUUCCGUCAUCGCGCUGAUAUCCAUCGCUUACCUGGUCGUCCUGGUCGUCUAUCAUUUCAGCACCGGCGAUACUCUGGCGGAACGAGGCACGGUCAAUGUUGUGAAAUGGCAGGGCCUAAUACCCACCCUCUCCAGCUUUCCCGUCAUCGUAUUCGCAUAUACAUGUCAUCAGAACAUGUUCUCCAUCCUCAACGAAAUCAAGACCAACACCCCGUUCCGCACCACCUCCGUCGUCACCGCCUCCAUCGGCAGCGCAGCAAGCAUCUACAUCUUAGUCGCCGUAACUGGCUACCUCUCCUUCGGCGACAACAUCAUCGGCAACAUCGUGGCGCAAUACACGCCCUCUGUCGCUUCAACCAUAGGCCGCGCAGCGAUAGUCGUGUUGGUCAUGUUCUCCUACCCCUUGCAAGUCCACCCUUGUCGCGCGAGCGUGGACGCGGUGAGUAAAUGGCGGCCGCGAAGGAGUGCAAACGGAAAUGGGAGUGGAAGUGGAGGCAACGAGGAAUUCACUCCUGCGUCGGGGAGUCCAAGCCGGCAUAGCCUACUCGGCCACACUCCACAGCAAAAAUCACCUAGUCAGAAAGGCGGCAAGCCGGAAGAAAUGUCCGAACUCCGCUUCGCCAUCAUCACUACGGCGAUUAUUAUUCUUUCUUACAUCGUCGCCAUGACGGUCUCGAGCCUGGAUAAAGUCCUCGCGUACGUCGGAUCCACCGGCUCCACGUCGAUUUCGUUCAUUUUACCGGGGCUGUUUUAUUACAAGAUCAGUUCGCCGGAGUCGGCGGCGCAUCAGCGGUUGUUGAAGGAUGAGGAUGAUGAGGAGUAUGACGGUUCUUCGAGCGGGGAGGAGUCGCCGCUGGAGCGAUCUGGGUUUGGUGGUGGGAGUGGGAACGGGGGUUCGUGGCGCAGUGGGUUGGCGGCGAAAAUGAGGAGGAGGGAGUGGAGGAGGGGGUUGUUGAGGAAGGGGAGUUUGGCGCUCGCGAUAUAUGGGUUAGGGGUCAUGGUUGUUUGUUUGGUUACUAACACGUUCUUGGUCUCGGCGGCGCAUUAA